AGGAGUGUGUGCUAGGCCAGCGAGCAGUAUUGUUCUACCCUUGUGUUUUCUAACUGUUCAAUGGCUGCGAGAAGAAAAAUGAAGAUAAUAGUAGUACUGCUUAGUGCCUCAGCAGGACUAGCGUCUGGUGCAUGUCGCUCUACUGAGUUUUCCUGUGAUGGAAACAGGUGUCUCCCUCUGAAGUGGGUCUGUGAUGGUGACCCAGACUGUACUGACGGCACUGAUGAACAUCCAGCAAACUGUAUUGGAGAAACUGGUACAGCUCUUGUGCGAGAAUGUCGCUCAACAGAAUUUAAGUGUGGGAAUGGGAACUGCAUCCCAUCUACGUGGAAGUGUGAUGGCCAGGAUGACUGUCGGGAUAAUACUGAUGAAACCAACAGUGACUGUUAUAAGUGUCAUGCUGCGGAAUUCCAGUGUGUAAGCAACAAACAGUGUAUUACGGGCAGGUGGCGAUGUAAUGGCCAGAAAGACUGUGCAGAUGGCUCUGAUGAAGAGAACUGUACAGCUUUACAAACUACACCACUUCCUGCUCACAUGUUCCGAUGUGACUCAGGAAUGACCAUUCCAUCUCGUUGGGUCUGUGAUGGGGAGGAAGACUGCCUUGAUGGAUCAGAUGAAAAGGCUUGCAGGAACAGAACAGUAGUUACUGUACGAGUUACAACUACUCCCCGGCCUACCUGCCGUGAUAAUGAAUAUCAGUGUGGUGAAUACUGUAUCCUCAACACCCAGGUGUGUGAUGGUGAGGAAAACUGUCCAAAUGGUGAAGAUGAGGCACAAACACUCUGCCCAAAAUGCCCUUCUACUCAUUUCACAUGUGCAAAUAAGCAGUGUGUUCGUUUAAUGCUACAGUGUAAUGGCAGAAGUGAUUGCAGGGAUGGAUCUGAUGAAGUUAAUUGUACUACACCUACACCUAUGCCAGAACCAGCUGAAAAACCCUGCAACUUGACUACUCAUUACUUGUGUACAAAUAACAAGUGUAUCCUUCGUGAACGCCUGUGUAAUCGCCGAAAUGAUUGCGGUGACUGGCAGGAUGAGUCAGAGGAAUUGUGUGGACCAAAUGAAUGUGAACGCAACAACGGUGGCUGCACUCAAUUGUGUGUAGAUACGAGAGAGAGUUACUAUUGCCAGUGCCGCAGUGGUUAUCGUCUCGUUGGAAAAUACACUUGUGAAGAUAUUGAUGAAUGCUUGGAGAUUCCUGGCACUUGUUCACAACGGUGUGUCAACACUGUUGGCAGUUACCACUGUUCCUGCCUUCCUGGUUAUGAAAGGGAUCCAAGGAAUUACACCCGCUGUAAGGCAUCUUCAGGCGAGCCAUACUUGCUCUUCUCACACAGAUAUGACAUUCGAAGCCUGCGGCUGAGGGACAGUGACAUGACAUCAGUGGUGAGAGAGGCUCGCGGCGCUACAGCUCUUGACUACUUAUACAUAAGUCAUCAGAUCAUUUGGUCAGAUAAUAAGGAAAACAAGAUAAUAAGAACUAACAUGACCAAUCCUGAAGUGCGAGAGGUGCUUGUGGAUGGUGAGAAAGUGUCAGCUGAUGGUCUGGCGGUAGACUGGAUCCACAAUCAUAUCUACUAUACAGAUACCACCAACUUCAGGAUCCAAAUGAUAUCAUGGGAUGCUAAAUGGUCCAAGGCAAUUGUAAAAGAAGAACUGGGACAGCCACGAGCUAUUGUCGUCAGUCCCCUUGACGGGUAUAUAUUCUGGACCGAUUGGGGCAGUUCACCCAAAGUCGAGCGUGCUAGACUGGAUGGUGGUGACCGCACAGCCAUCGUCACUGCUCCCCAUGUCUACUGGCCAAAUGGCAUUACUAUUGACCAUUCUAAUAAACGCCUCUACUGGUGUGAUGGCAAACUUAACACUAUUAGCAAAUCCAAUCUUGAUGGAUCACAAAUUGAGGUUAUUCUCUUCUCACCGAAAGUACUUCGUCUGCCAUACUCGAUCACUGUGUUUGAAGACAGAUUAUAUUGGACAGACUGGUCAAAGCUUGCACUUUACAGUGCUGAUAAAUUCACUGGAGAAGACAUCCAGAAUGUGUCAGCUGGACAUUUGUUGGAGUCACCAAAGGUUGUACAUGUCUACCACGAGUAUCGGCAGCCUAAUGGAGAUAAUGUAUGUUCAUCUCACAAGUGCAGCCACUUGUGUGUUCGUAGUCCUGAAGGGGUCCCUCUCUGUGUCUGUCCAGAUGGCAUGGUCUUCUUAAAUGGAGAUUCUAUCACUUGCAUUUAUACUGAUGAUACAGAGUUGCCAUCUAAUGUCGGUCUAACUGAAUACAACACUGACAUUCUUGAGACAGAUAUGGACAUAGACAGUGCUGCAACAGCUUUACCAGUGUCUGGAAGUGCCAAAUAUGUAGAUUCUCCAAUGACUGACAAAGACCUUAUACACAGUCCUCAAGUUGGCAUGAUUCUUGGAGCUUCUAUUGGCGCUAUUGUGGUUCUAGCAUUGGCCACAGCUCUGUUUGUUGGGUGGUGGAAGGUGCGCGGUGGUGUUAUACACGUACUUCACACCCGUUUCCCCAAUCCAGUAUAUCGGAAAACAACAGACGAAGACACUGAAGGUGGUGGCUAUAUCCUUGGCCAAGAUGAGUUGUUAUACAACCCAAGGGAUUAUCAGUACACUGAAGGGCCUGAAGUGCCUAUAAUAGACGAUGAUGACGUACCUUUAGCACCUAAAAAGUGAGAAAGAAUACAAUAAUGCUGCAGACAGUGCAGUUUUCUGGAUGACUAAGGACAAGAUGUUCUGAGAAGCAAUGGUUUGACAGCAGUCCUAUGUUGUUUCUCUGUAUGUUCAGUUAUGAAAUGAAACAUUCUAACAUUACAGUAUUUCACAGCUAGUCAUUAAGUGAAGUGGGAUUCCCUAAGUUACACAAUUAAAUAGCAAGGUUGCCUCAAAUGGUUGUGAUAAUAAAAAUAUCACUGUACCUUGAGGUUACCUUGAGGUGCUUCCGGGGCUUAGCGUCCCCGCGGCCCGGUCGUCGACCACGCUUCCUGGUUGCCAGACUGAUCAACCAGGCUGUUGGACGCGGCUGCUCGCAGCCUGACGUACGAUGCACCUUUAGAAUCUUAAGCUGAAGAGGAGCCAAUAAUGCAAAUCUUAGCAUUUUAUUGUGAAGAUGGUGUCAAUGUUGGUAAUCCACAAUGAAAGUGAAGUUACUGACCUUUUAAAAGUGACAAAACCAAAGACUUCAGCACUCCAAAAAUGCAAUGUGAUAAUUUAUGCAACAUUUCCAAUUACCACAAAAUAUUUGCUUUCAAAAGUGUACAGCAGAGUUACCCCCUGUUCUUCACUGGUAAUUGUUGAGCACAUUCUCUGUUAGCUGUGACGUAACAGUUCCACAUCCAGACAGUAUAAUAAUAAUUAUAUUAAUAAUAAUAAUAAUUUAUUUGCAAGAAGGUACAAUGGGUUGGUGAGAUUACAUAAGACUGGUAUGUUUAUAUUCAUGCAAAGCCACUCACACGCAUAGCAUUUCGGGCAGGUCCUUAAUCUAACAUAUCUGGUAAAAUGUAAAGGUACAUUGUAGCAAUGUUUUGUAUUAACAAAUCACUACAAUAUAAGUUGACAGAGGUGAUUACACUGGUAAGGAUAUACAAUAUGUCUUAAGUACUAAUAUUGAGGAAGUAGGUAGUACAAGAUACAGUGUGAGUUUGAAGCACAAAAUAGGAAACUAUGUGGAUGAAAUUAGUUACUUAAAACAAGUUAAUUACUUACUGUGUAAUAGUUCUGUGCAUGCUCUAUGCAGAUGAAGAUAUUCAAAGGAAUGAGUAACACUGUUUUUAUGCACUUAAAAAUUAUAUCCAUUUUAUAACGAUUCACUUUAUUAAUAAUUUAGUAUAAUAUUCAAUACUGUACGGUUAGCAUACAUUGUUGUAAUAUGAAGAAUUACAAAAUUGACAAGUACAGUAUCAUAAAUGUUUACAUGCGUCUUUCAGCAAAUUAUGUUUCCCACAUUAAUAUGUAAUUACAGUAUUGGAGGAAGCAGAACCUGAAUAAUGUUCCACAGAAAAAAAAACAUUUUUCUUUUUCAUCUGAAAUCAAUAACUGCUCUAGGAGCAAAUAUAUCAAAACACAGUUCAGUCACUUCACAGUAAUUUUCUAUACAGUAUGUGCAAUUAAAUCAUUUACAUAAAAACAUCCAUACUUUAAGUUAUACAGAUACAGUAUUCAAUAUUUACAUUAUAAGCACUUAGACUGAAGCCAAAAAUUAACAUUACACACUAUAAAUACUGUAUUGUAUACACAUGUGAAUGGCUAGGCCAGUUCUGGCUAUUUGUAUUUAAAAGGAAUUGUGCUACUGUCUGUGAUAUAGUUGUACCGUGUAAAUAGUGUAAAUAAUUGUUUUGAGUUUUGUGCUCAAGAGUUCCUAUCAGUGCUAUGCCUGGUCAAGCUGUUGGGAAGAGUCUCACAUCUAGCAUCAUUCAUCAUAAUUGUAUUUCACCUCAUUUGUCACAAAUUUUGUGUCAUUAUAGCUCGAGAAUCUUUGUGUUGAUGAAAAGUGUUACAUGCAUAUAUGAUGUAAAUUUAAAUUAUAUGGCAUCUAUUGUUUUAAAGUUUCUAGAAUUAUUCCCAUCAACAUAUAUUUUGCACAGGACUUGCAUGAUAAAGUUGCAGAUACGUUUUGAUCAAAUCCAAAUCUAUUCAGUACAAUAUUUUAAUAUUCAGAUGCAUUUGCUUCAAAGCUUUAUCUCAUCAGUGCACAAUAUUGUCUCUUUCAGUCGAAUAUUUUUCAGAUACAUUUUAUACUUAUAAUGAAACAAACCUUUUCACGAGUUUUGUAAAACUACCUAAAAGAUAAAUCAUUUUUAGUAUAGAUUGAAUGCACAUCGUUGUUGCAUGUUUUGUACUGUUUUACAUUUUUUUAUUUAUUUAAAUGUUAUAUUUUUAUAUCAGUGUGUGCAUGUGAUUAUCGUGAAUAAAAGCUCAAGUUGUCCUGAAA